GAGUUUCAGAACAUAAUGCCACAAAAUAAGAAUACUUGCAUACACUUCAAUAUAUGGAAACUCUGUUGUGGUGGCCUCAGUGGUUAAAAACUUCACCCUCUUAUAGUUGAAACAUCAUUGUAUUUUAUGAAUCUUGGGCGUGCUUUAGUUUGUUAAUUAUAAAAUGUUUUAAUCGGUUGUGCUAUGUAUUAUUUUGUAUACUUAUGGCCUAUUUUGGGAGAUAUAGUUAAAUUUUCAGAGCAACUUUUUUGGUGUUCAUUUCAUGUUUGGCAGCUUGGAAGGAAGAAGACCAACACCAGUGAGACUCAUUUGAACUCAGGUAGCGGGAUUAACCACUCUGGGUUAAAAAGGCGUCAGAAAGUUCUUUCAGUAGUAUUUACGAGUACGUUGUUAUAUUCUUUCUUUCUGCAACAUGUUUUUUCAGUGUUAUCAUAAAUGUUUUUUCUUGUAGUGCAAGCUGCAUGAUUGGUAUGUUUUCCUUUAAUUAGAUAUUGAGGAUUUUCACUGGGCUGUGAGGCCACUGGCAAUUGCUUUUGGUUUGUUUGCAGCCAUGAAAUUUAGCUUAUUUCUCGGAUGAGGUGUGAGCUUAAAACUGAGGAAGGAGCAGAAAAAGCUGACUAGAUCCAAUGAUAGUCAUCAGGAUGGCCAAUCUUCCAGCAUUGCAGCUUGGCUUCUACCUCCAGUUGCAAAUAUUCUCUUCAAAGAAGGCGUUACUCCAGCUACGACCAGAUACAAUUGUUCCAGACAAUGACUUGAAAGUAGGUGAUGUUUGUGCCUUUGUUAUGACAAAGAACAUUGGAAUAAUCUUAUUCGAAGUGAUUAUUUUUCAUAACAAUGGAGUAGCAAACUCCCCUAUGGCUAUGCUAUCAAUUCCAGCUGCAAAUAAAAAAAGUUCAACUACACCAUCCAAGCCAAAGAUAACCCCUUGUGCGAAAAUUGAACCAUCUUUUACUAGUGAUUAUGAUAAAGCCAGCAUGAUUUCAGAGGACCUAAUUGCACAGAAAAUAAUAGAUGAACCUUCAGUUAACUAGUCUGAUAAAGUGUGUGGAGAAUCUCCUGUACAUAAAAAAUUUAUAAGAAAUCAGGAGUUGAGUAGAAAAGGAAAGGCUGAAGCUUUCCAAAGAGCUAAAGAUUUUAAAUCUGAAGAUCCCUUUUUUAUUGUUCCCAUGCAACCAUCAUUUGUUGGAUCCAAAUCUAAGUAUUGUAUUGUAAUUAAUAAGUUUCUCAAUUACAAGUCUAUCUCUUCAAAUAUGUUUCUCAUAUUGAUUUUACUUUGUUUUCAUCUUAU